AUCCUGCCGAGAGGAUUUUACAGAGAGAACACCAUGGCAGGACCUUUUCUAUCUCCACUACCAAACGACCUUCUUACAGAGUAUAUGUUUGGACGUCGAAGGCAACGUCGCAAUCGUACCACAUUCACACCACAGCAAUUGCAGGAGCUUGAGACUCUCUUCCAGAAGACACACUACCCGGAUGUCUUUCUCCGUGAGGAAGUAGCUCUCAGGAUUAGUCUCAGCGAAGCUAGAGUACAGGUGUGGUUCCAAAAUCGCCGAGCAAAGUGGAGAAAACAGGCACGUUUACAGCUCCUCCAGGAUGCUUGGCGAAUGCGAUGUCUCAGUUUGGGCACACCUCCAAUGAUGAUCGGACGCCCACCACCUGGAGUUGAGCCCACAGUCCAUGGGAAUCCAGCAGUUCCUGUGGCCUCUAGUCUCCCGGGACCAGUUAAUGAGAAACCCCUUUUGACAUCACCAAAUCCACCACCACCUCCACCCACGAAUGGGGUGAAUGAUCCUGGAUUCACACUCAUGCAUCCCGCCUUCCAACCACCCACUACCAAGUCUUCCUCGCACAUCCCAUCGGAUAUUCCUGCAGCACGAUCAUCUCCUGCAAACUACUCUCCGCAGCAUAGCGGUGAGAAACCAGAAGAAGUCUUCAACAACAACAACAACCCAUCCUUUCCCCAACCACCACCGGAAAAUUCAGAAUCAGACGGAUCCUCUGACUCGGAGGAGAUUGAUUUAACUUCCAACGGUUGUAUUGAUUACUCGAGAAAAUAA